GUUGAUCUGUACAGCAAACCCCUUGAUCUUGAUGCCAACGAGGACCACAACGGAGUCCCCUUCCGGCUUGGCUGAAGCCCGCACGAUCGAGAUGUGAUCGCAGCGAAAGCCUCAAGAUCCCAAGGCUGUUUGAUGCGGGGGUCCGUCCCUUUUACCUCACACCCACACCCACCUCCAAUGCCUUACUGUCGUCAAAUACCGUUGAGAAGUCUGUCUGUGUCAUCGUCCUGGGUGAUCACAGCUUGCGCCGCCGACAAAUGAUAUCUCACCUUGAGUUUCUAGGGUUUGCCAGAGAACACGGGUGAAAAUGACGUCUCGUGUCUGCCACAGGCAGCGUCACCCCAGAUAGGGAUGCUUCGCCUUUGCGCCUCAGUAUGGUGGGGAUGUUAUACUAUAAUGGCCCAAUUAGCGACGCCUGCUUCACGAGGCUGCGUUAGCAGAUGACAACAGCGAUAUCACCCCUGCAGUUCGCAUACCGGUGGAUGCAUACCUAGCUCCUCACUCACCUCGCACGGCAUUCCGUCAUCAUCAUCAUCAUCGUCGCAUACUAUACAUCCAACCCUACGCUUGCGCCCUUCUUGACCAGCCCAUUCAUAGCCCUUGAAUUUCCCUUCUUCCCCUCAAGCUGCAACGAAUCCAGUCUGACUGGUGCAUGUGAUUAAGCGACCCCAGAAGAGACGAAGGUGGAACAUUUACACUUGAGAGCCGUUGGCUUCCGCCAGUUGAGGAGGAAAAUGAGAUCCUCGAAAUCAUAACGGGCCAAAACCGCUGUGAUAUCUAGCCAUGGACGAUUUAGCUGCUGCCUUUCUCGGUCAGGGGGAUGACGCCUCGAUCCAGGAGGAGGAUGACGGCCAACAGGGCUCCGGCUCCGGCACCGACUCGACCACCACGGCCCGGACAUUGCGACAGGGAAUUCUCAAGGCAGCCAACUUGCAAGACAAGCUCCUGGAGAAACUCCUCGCCCAAGUCAUCCCCGUAGACGAUGGCCAGCCUCAUGGCAGCGGCGAGCCCGGCGGGGCCAACGAACCCUCGGCCUUCGGCGAACGGCCGGGCUUCACGGUAGGCGCCAUGUCCAACAACUUUCGACGUUUCAACGCGCGUAUCGGGGUUGUCUUCAAAUUCCAAGCCAAAGCCUUGCGCGUGUUGUCAUGGCGACGGCCCACGCACACCUUGUCCCUCCUAGCCGUGUACACCUUUGUCUGCCUAGACCCCUACUUGAUCUUCGUUCUCCCGCUCGCCAUCGCCUUAUUCGGCAUCUUCGUCCCCUCCUUCAUCGCACGACACCCAGCCCCCGCCUCCUCCUCCGAAGCGCACGCGGUGCGCAACCUGGGCUACUCUCCUCGCGGCCCGCCCCUGGCACCCGCGCGCACGUUCAAGCCGACCAAGGAGCUGUCGCGCGACUUCUUCCGCAACCUUGGCGACUUGCAGAACGUUAUGGACGACUACAGCGUCGCCCACGACAAGAUCAUUGCCUUGGUGGUCCCCAAAACCAACUUCUCGGACGAGGCUUUGUCGUCCGCCAUUUUCGUUUUGCUCUGCGGCGCGUGCGCCCUCAUGACCGUCACCGCCCACCUGAUUCCCUGGCGCUAUAUCUGUCUGGUCGCUGGCUGGCUCGCCAUCUCGUCCAACCACCCCACCGUUUCCCGACUGAUUGGUGAGUGGCAGGCGCAGUAUCUAGGAGGAGAAAAAGAACCGAGCGCGACGGCGCAGGCCGUGCACGACAACGACAAGAAACUGGAACAGAUACAGAACCAUCCGCCCGGCCCCAGCCCUGAUUCAUCGUUAGCAGCCGAACGCGCCUUCGACGCCUGGGUCCGCUCGGAUAUCAUCCUGGACGACGCACCGGAGACGCGCGAGGUGGAGAUCUUUGAGCUGCAGCGCCUCAGCGAUACCAGCGGUGAGUGGGAGCCGUGGCUAUUCAGCCCGUCGCCGUACGACCCCCUAUCUGCGGCGCGGAUUGCGGGCGACCGGCCGACGGGGACGCGCUUCUUUGAGGAUGUGUUGCCGCCUGAGGGGUGGGAGUGGAGCGGGAAGAAGUGGGCGUUGGAUCUCUGGAGCAGGGAGUGGGUGGAAGAACGGAUUAUCACUGGGGUUGAGGUCGAGACGGAAGGGGAGAGGUGGGUGUAUGAUAUUUAUAAUGAGCAUGAGAAUGGCGUGAAUGGCAGUGACAAUGGUGACCUGGGGGCGGCGUUGGGGGAUGGGGAUUACGAGACACCGGUCAGGAGUCAAGAUCAGAGUCGGUAUACGCCCAAGAUUGGACCCACGAUCAGUUGGGAGGAAGGGGAGGAGGGAAUGGGUCGGAGGGGAAGUUGGCGGAGGCGAAGGUGGGUAAGGAUGGUGAAGAGGAAGAAUGUCAAUGCAGCGUCCAAUUAGUGGUGGUCGUCUUGGUGGGUCCCCUUUGCGGCUGCUGGUUGUAAUGACUAUAGGAACGACUGGAUUGAUGGACCUGAGAUGAUGGACCUUGGCUUCACUGCGCUAUAGCUUGUCAAACAGCUUGAACAUGCGGAAGGGGUAUAUUGUAUUCCACCAGAAAUGCCCAGUGUGUUCUUCCUUGUGACCAGCCUUUUUACAAAGCCGCCCCUUUUCCGCAAGGCAACAAGUCCCUUGACCACCCGCCUUUGCCCCUACCAACAUGUAAAAACAUUACCAUACUAAUACAACACAAUAAGG